AUGAACAGAUUGAGUCAUAAAGUGUACGAUGAUCCAGAGUUAUCCUCCCUGGCUGUUUCACUUCCGGAAGUCGCUCUUUCAUCAAAAGCCUGUAAUACGAGUAAAAAAUACCAGAGAUCCUACAACAGUUGGAGUAAAUGGGCUAGGCAGCAUAGUUUGGUAGUUUUUCCUGCCAAUGAUGUGGAUUUUUCUUUAUAUUUAGUGUCUUUAAUACAAAGUUGUAAUUCUCCAUCUACUGUGGAUGAAGCAUUUUAUGGUAUGAAAUGGGCUAAUGAUUUAGCAGGAAAUUUAAAUAAUCCGUGUUCAUCCUUUUUAGUGAAAUCAGUCAGGGAGGCUCUUCAUAGAAUUCUGGGACAUCGUGUUUCUAGGAAAGAACCUGUUACUCCAGAAAUACUUUUUAAGUUGGUUAAUGUUUUUGGAGAUACUGAUAGUUCUAAUUGUUAUAAAUUAAGAGGUACUUCACCAUUGUCUUACACUAGAGCUCGUGAACUUAUUUUAGAUAUGUUUGAGCAUAUCGGUUUGGACAAAUCCAAAUUUGGAUUGCAUAGUCUAAGAUCAGGUGGCGCUUCAGCUGCUGCCAAUGCUGGAGUGUCAGAUAGAUUAUUUAAACGUCAUAGACGUUGGAAAAGUGAAAAGGCUAAAGACUCUUAUGUUAAGGAUGACAUUGAUAAACGACUUUUAGUUAGUAAAUGUUUAGGAUUGUAA